UGCGGAACCACGGCAGAGGAAGCCCGCAAACGGGGAUGUCAAUUUGAGAUACACAACUUCGCUUGGGUACCACCACAAUGCUACGAUGAGGAACUCGGUCACGACUGGAAUUCCUACAAUGGAUGGGAAUUCUCUUGGGCAGCAAACGAUAGUUCUGCAACCAACGCGUCAUUUGUCCAACAAUGUCGUUCUGGUGACAUUGAGGCUGCUUGGGUUCCGUGGUAUCAACACAUGGCACAUUGCUCAUUCAUUCUGAAGAAGUACCUUCGUUCUGUCAUGUUCGAUCGGCCAAUGGAUAAUUGGACUUCAGACUGGCACCACAACGAGCAUUGUACGAACAUGAUGGCACGUCCAAACGUCAACCCCUACCUUUUCAACAGCCUACUACACCUAAAGUUCCCAGUCUGC